UACGUAAUGCCCACGAAUUUUCUCCACACGUUUUUUUCAAACUUUUCUCCUUUAUAUUUCCUAUCAGUUUCCUCCAUUUUCAGGAAGAAGGAAAGCUCUCUCUUUAACAGAAAUGGCUUCUGUUAGCUUCCCAACUCUGUUCUUGAUUCUUUUGUUCUCUUCAGCUUUGCUAUUCUCUCCUUCAAGUUCCCAGAAAUGCACCUCGCAAAAAUUCAGAAACAACAAGCUCUUUGCAAAUUGCACUGAUCUUCCUGUCUUGGAUUCUCACCUGCAUUUCACUUACAAUUCUUCCAAUUCCUCUCUCUCCAUAGCCUUCAUUGCUCCUCCUGCCCAACCUGAGGGCUGGGUUUCGUGGGCAAUCAACCCCACGGCCACUGGCAUGAUCGGCUCUCAGGCUUUUAUAGCAUUCAUAUCCAACGGCUCAGUGGUCGUUAACACUUACAACAUUAGCAGCUACAGUGCGCUUCAGUUAUCGGAGUUAUCGUUUAAUGUGUGGGAUCUGAGUGCGGAGUCCGACGGAAAAAAUAUAGUGAUAUUUGCGACGGUGAAGUUGCCGGAGAAGGCACAGAGUCUGAACCAAGUUUGGCAGGUGGGCGCAUCUGUAAGUGGGGGCCGGCCGAAUAAGCAUGAUAUGGCGGAAGUGAAUUUACAUUCUAAAGGGUUGUUGGAGCUUGUGGGUGGCGGUGCUCCAGCUCCAGCUCCUGCUCCUGGUUCUGGUUCUGCCCCUAGGCCAUCUCCGGUGAAGCCUAGAAGCUCUGCUGGAAUUCGAAAGCUGGAUGUCACUCCACUUGUUGGAUUAUUUGUUCUGCUUGGUAGUUUUGUUGCAUUUUGAUAAAUUUUAAUUAUGUAUUAUCAAUUAUUUAAUUUUAAUAUUUUUUAUUUUUCAAAUAGUUUUUAAUUUGA